UCAGCGGGGCUGCAUUAGAAAUAGCCGUGGCGUGACAUUUUCUCUUGCGCUACUAGGCAGCUAGUCAGUUUGUGUCACUCACCCAGGACACAAGGAAGAGCUCCGUUUCAUUGCAAGUUGUAAACCACCUGCGUGCGGUGUUUUUUUGGGAUGAACUACAUGAACUACAUGUAGUACAACAGGUCCACUGAGCCCCCCUCCCCCAGUUCGUCAUGGCAGAGCAGAGUACGAAUCUGUCCUAUCGUCUGGCGUCGCACGAUGAUUAUGACGCGGUGAUACGCAUGUCUAAGGAGAUCUAUGGCGACACCGACUACCUGCCGGAGUUCUUUCACUCCUUCUUGGAUAAUCCAGACACCACGAUUUUCCUGGCGGUGGCGGGAACACAAGUGGUAGGCCUACUAAUGGCAACCAUCACAGAGGAAGGAAGGGCCUUCAUCAGUACGUCAGGAAGAGUCGCUUCAGCGUGGAGAAACAAAGGAGUCAUCUGGAAGUUGGAGGAGCAUCAAGACACCUGGAUCCGACAGAACCGCCCGACAGCAAGGUAUAAACGAGGCACGGCAUCCACUGUCAACGACUUCACGAAGAAACUACGGAAGUACAAGUCCGAACUUUUCAGGAUGCCCUUCAUAGAGUACAAGGGUGGACCCGACCUCUGGUGGCGACAGGACCCUGCUCAGCUGGCUCAACUGGACACGACCGGCUUACCGGACGUCGUGCCUCUACAGACCGCAGACGACGACUUCUGUACGGCUGUACAGAAAUGGCUUCCCGCGGGAGCGUUCGGUGGCUACGACGGCAAACCCAUCAUACUUGUAGACUGGGACCCUUUAACCCUACGCCCCGCCAAUUUAAAGCUUCUACAAGCACACAAUUUUAAGAUUUACAUGUUACACUACAAGGGAGAAGCUAGCCUUAGUCUUGCCAACACGUAUCCAACAGCUGCAGCGAGGAUGAUGUCCGUUACUAUCUACGCUAUGAACGACUUAACCGUCCGAAGACAUCUACUGAAACACCUAGAGGACGUAAGCCGGAACAACAAAAACGAAGCCAUACAACUGAGUGUGUUUGUCGGUCUUGCUGAGCUGGAGGAUCCAAUCCACCAGUUUUGCAGGGAUGCUUUGCAGAUGGAAAAUCUGCUGGAUAGGAAGAGUGAAGUUAUCAUGAUUGAAAUUGACAUAUUAUCCAGCCACUUGUGAGAUAAGAACUUAAGGCUAAGUGGAUUAAAUCGUAUGAUUGACAUCCUCUGGGAACCCCACAAAAAUAUGCAAACGUGUGAAAAACGUUUUCCAAAAAGCUUCCUUCAUUGUGUUAUAUUUGUGGUCAGAAAGGGUGGACAGAAUCCUAUAUUUUUGUUCUUAACAUUGCCAAAAACUAACCGCUAUUAAAACAGCUCCAUGACAUAUUUCACGCAACUUCUGAAUACAAGUACCUUAAAACAUCUCCAAUAUCUAUUUAUCAACAACAUCUAUUCCAGUCUUUUUUCACUACUUUGCAAUUAUAUCAUAAGAAGUUUUUUGUAGUAACUGUUUUUAUUUUAUUCCUUGUAUGAUAACAUUCCCUUGUAUGUUUGCAUAAUGUAUUAUUCUAAAGUGCGCAAUUCAGCGUAUUCUGCUGUGCAGAUGACGCUGCAGUAUAUUUUAGUGUUCUUGCAUUGAACCAAUAAACAACUUAUAGAAAAUGAA